UCUCGUUCUUCUCGUGUGCCAUUAUAUCACCGCUGAGACUCACAGAGAGAGAGAGAGAGAGAGAGAGAGAGAGGGUAGGGCUUGUGGAGGUGGAUCUAGAUCUUGGUUGUGGAAGCCAUGGCGAGAGGACCUCUCGCUCUUCAGCGAUGGAUCUGUGUGUUUCUGCUGCUCUUUGUCCAUGCCGCGUAUUGCUUCUAUCUCCCCGGUGUCGCGCCCCAAGAUUUUAAAAAUGGGGAUGAGUUGAAGGUGAAAGUGAACAAAUUGUCCUCUACAAAAACUCAGCUUCCUUAUUCUUAUUAUUCCCUCGAUUAUUGUCCUCCAGAGAAGAUAGUUGACAGUGCCGAGAAUCUUGGGGAAGUUCUUCGUGGUGAUCGCAUUGAAAACUCUCCUUAUGUGUUUAAAAUGAGAGAACCACAGAUGUGCAAUAUCGUCUGUCGUAAAACUCUUAAUGCGAAAACUGCAAAGGAUUUCAAGGAAAAGAUUGAUGAUGAGUAUCGGGUGAACAUGAUUUUGGAUAAUCUUCCUCUGGUUGUUCCUAUAAGAAGGCCUGAUCAGGAGAAUUCCAUAGUGUAUCAACAUGGGUUCCAUGUGGGUCUCAGGGGACAGUAUGCGGGGAGCAAGGAAGAAAAGCAUUUUAUCCACAAUCACUUGACAUUUACAGUCAAGUUUCACAAAGAUUCAGUGACUGAAUUAUCAAGGAUUGUUGGAUUUGAGGUCAAACCAUUCAGUAUCAAGCAUGAAUAUGAAGGUCAAUGGAAUGAUAAGACCCGUUUAACAACCUGUGAUCCCCAUGCCAAACGUACGGUUACCAACUCCGAAACUCCUCAGGAGGUUGAAGAGAAGAAGGAAAUUAUAUUUACCUAUGAUGUUGAGUUCCAGGAUAGUGAUGUGAAAUGGGCAUCCCGGUGGGACACUUAUCUUCUGAUGGCCGAUGAUCAGAUUCACUGGUUCUCAAUUGUUAAUUCUUUGAUGAUUGUUCUUUUCCUCUCGGGCAUGGUGGCUAUGAUUAUGUUGCGAACACUUUACCGGGAUAUCUCCAAGUACAAUCAGUUAGAAACCCAAGAAGAAGCCCAAGAAGAGACGGGGUGGAAACUGGUGCAUGGGGAUGUUUUCAGGCCUCCGUCCAACUCAGACUUACUCUGUGUCUACGUUGGGACAGGAGUCCAGUUUUUUGGGAUGAUUCUUGUCACUAUGACUUUUGCUGUCCUCGGGUUCCUCUCCCCCUCAAAUCGAGGUGGGUUGAUGACGGCCAUGCUCCUACUCUGGGUCUUUAUGGGGCUGUUUGCUGGAUACUCUUCAGCCCGUCUCUAUAAGAUGUUCAAGGGAACAGAAUGGAAGAAAAUUACUCUCAAAACAGCAGUCACAUUUCCUGCGAUCAUCUUCGCUAUUUUCUUUGUUUUGAAUGCUAUAAUUUGGGGCCAGAAAUCCUCUGGGGCAGUGCCAUUUGGAACCAUGUUUGCUCUGGUUUUCUUGUGGUUUGGCAUUUCAGUUCCACUUGUUUUUGUGGGUGGUUAUGUGGGUUUUAAGAAGCCCACUAUUGAGGAUCCGGUGAAAACCAAUAAGAUCCCUAGGCAGAUCCCAGAACAGGCUUGGUACAUGAACCCGGCAUUCUCUAUCCUAAUUGGAGGCAUACUUCCCUUUGGCGCCGUCUUUAUUGAACUCUUUUUCAUCCUCACUUCGAUAUGGUUGCAACAGUUCUAUUACAUAUUUGGUUUCCUCUUCAUUGUCUUCCUCAUCCUUGUUGUCACUUGUGCUGAGAUUACGAUUGUGCUAUGCUACUUCCAGCUGUGCAGUGAGGACUACCUUUGGUGGUGGAGGUCAUAUUUAACUUCGGGUUCUUCUGCACUCUACCUUUUCCUCUAUGCUGCUUUCUACUUCUUUACAAAGCUUGAGAUCACUAAGCCUGUGUCUGGGAUGUUGUACUUUGGCUACAUGCUGAUUGUCUCAUACGCUUUCUUCGUGCUGACUGGUACAAUUGGUUUCUAUGCGUGCUUCUGGUUCACAAGGCUCAUCUACUCAUCGGUGAAGAUUGAUUAGUUAAUUUUUGCCGAGGAGGUGGCUUUUUGGUACUAGCUGAGGAAGCACAGAAUUUCCACUUGGGAUGGAAAAAGUGGGGAACAUUUCUGGAAUUACCGUCUGGGUUCAGUUUUGAAUUUUAAACCAUAGAAAUUAUUGUUAAUGUUAGUCUUCUCUAUACAGGUUCUUUGGCAGUUUAGCUCUCUCUCUCUCUCUCUCUCUCUCUCGCUUCCCCCACCUUUGUGUUUAAAUUUUUUGUUCUUAUUUGUCUUCUUAUUAUUCUGUAUGAGACAAUUGUGGGGGAUUGUUAAGCAAUCUCCUGUCCAAAUGCCUAUUUAGAAAUGAAAAGGAAUUCUUGUAUCA